ACUCCUGAGUGCAACUGGAGUUGCCGGGCAGCUGGAACUAUGGCCACCUCCUCUGUGUCCAAGGGCUGCUUUGUGUUUAAGCCAAACUUCAAGAAAAGAAAGAUUUCUUUGCCAAUAGAGGACUAUUUUAAUAAAGGGAAAAAUGAGUCUGAGGACAGUAAGCUUCGAUUUGAAACUUAUCAGUUGAUAUGGCAACAGAUGAAAUCUGAAACUGAGCGACUACAAGAAGAGUUAAAUAAAAAUUUGUUUGACAAUCUAAUUGAAUUUCUGCAAAAGUCUCAUUCUGGAUUUCAGAAGAGUUCAGAUUGGGGAUGUCAGAUAAAACUCAGAGAAAUUCCAACUGCUGCUCUUGUUCUUGGUGUCAAUGUUACAGAUCAUGAUGUAACAUUCAGCAGUUUAACAGAGGCCCUUCAGAAUAAUGUCACACCAUAUGUAGUUUCAUUGCAAGCUAAAGAUUGUCCAGAUAUAAAACAUUUUUUGCAAAAGUUGGUCUCUCAGUUGAUGGAUUGCUCUGCGGGUAUAAAGUGCAAAGAGGAGGAAAGUGUUCAGGUCAUCCAGAAAAGGACACAUUGUUCAAUGGAUUUACUUUGCAAUUGGUAUAUGACUGUCACACAGAAGAGAGAUCCAAAAAUUCCAAGCAAAAAGAGGACUACUUCUAGCCAGUGGCAGUCUCCUCCUGUUGUGCUUAUUUUGAAGGAUAUGGAAAGCUUCACCACAAAAGUACUCCAAGACUUCAUAAUUAUCAGCAGUCAACAUCUACAUGAAUUUCCACUUAUACUCAUAUUUGGAAUCGCCACUUCUCCUCUUAUCAUCCACCGGUUGCUUCCUCAUGCAGUAUCAUCUCUAUUGUGUAUAGAACUGUUCCAGUCUUUGUCUUGCAAGGAGCACCUGACUACAGUACUUGAUAAGAUACUUCUUACCACUCAGUUUCCUUUUAAAAUAAGUGAAAAAGUCUUACAAGUUCUGACCAACAUCUUUUUGUAUCAUGAUUUCUCAAUUCAAAACUUUAUAAAAGGACUUCAGCUUUCUCUAUUAGAGCAUUUCUACUCUCAACCUUUAAGUGUUCUGUGCUGUAAUCUCCCAGAAGCCAAGAGAAGAAUAAAUUUUUUAUCAGAUAAUCAAUGUGAAAACAUUCGACGUCUUCCAUCAUUUAGGAGGUACGUGGAAAAGCAAGCUUCAGGAAAGCAAGUUGCACUAUUGACCAAUGAGAGAGUUUUGAAGGAGGAAACACAAUCAUUACUAGAAAACUUGCAUGUUUACCAUACAAAUUACUUCCUGGUUUUGAGAUGUCUUCAUAAUUUUACCUCUUCCCUUCCCAAGUACCCACUGGGUCGACAGAUCAGAGAAUUGUACUGCACAUGUUUGGAAAAGAACAUAUGGGAUUCAGAGGAGUAUGCAUCGACCUUGCAGCUGCUGAGAUUGCUGGCAAAGGAUGAACUGAUGACCAUACUUCAGAAAUGUUUUAAGGCUUUUAAGACCUCUUCCGAAAAGCUGUUUGGCAGCACAGCAAAGAGAAUAGAGGAAUUCCUGGUCCAGUUUCAGAGCCUCGAUGCAGAUGCCAAAGAAGAUGAUGAUGCUUCUGGGUCACAGCCAAAGGGCUUUCAGAAGACAGACCUCUAUCAUCUUCAGAAGUCCUUACUAGAAAUGAAGGAGUUGAGAAGAACAAGUAAGAAGCAAACCAGAUUUGAAGUACUCAGAGAAAAAGUUGUGAAUUUCAUUGAUUGUCUGGUGAGAGAAUACCUUGUGCCUCCAGAGACACAGCCUCUGCAUGAAGUCGUGUAUUUCAGUGCUGCUCACAGCCUUCGGGAGCACUUAAAUGCUGCCCCACGAAUCGCCCUCCAUACUGCACUCAACAACCCUUAUUAUUAUCUAAAGAAUGAAGCAUUGAAAAGUGAAGAAGGCUGCAUUCCAAAUAUCGCCCCAGACAUCUGCAUAGCAUAUAAACUGCACCUAGAGUGCAGUAGGCUAAUCAACCUUGUGGACUGGUCAGAGGCUUUUGCAACAGUAGUGACAGCUGCUGAAAAAACAGAUGCAAAUUCCACAACCUCAGAAGAAGUGAAUGAAAUUAUUCAUGCAAGGUUUAUUAGAGCUGUUUCUGAACUAGAACUUUUAGGAUUUAUAAAACCUACCAAGCAGAAAACUGACCACGUGGCAAGGCUAACAUGGGGAGGCUGCUAGAAAACAAAUGAGUCAAUUCAGAAAUACCACAUUCAGGUUACAAGAUUAAAAGAAACCAGUCGUGUGUAUAUACAGCUAGAAGAGACUGCAAUGUGGAAAAUGUGUACUCCCAGUGUGAUGGUCAACCAGAAAAUAUACCACUAACUCCAAACAGAUAUAUAUAAAAACACUCUUAAGAGUACUUUUGAGUCCAACAAAUAAUAUGCUUAUGUUAUAUCUGAAACUUCUCACAAUUAUUGCUGUGCUUUUUAGUCAUUACUAGAUUAUAAAUAAAUCAUUAUUGAAAAUACA